GAGUAAUACGCACUUUGUUCUCUGUAAGGCUUGUUGAUAUCUCCUCAUUAUUUUUUUCGUUUGUGGGAGGUUGUCAUUAAGGUGCAAGAGCAAAAUAUGAACAGAAAACAUACAGUCUUAAAGAAAACAGAUGGCUUCAUUUGCUGGCUGCCUGAAAAAGGAGUUUACUCCCUUGUCCUCAGUCUUCAAGACUAUAAGCCUUUCAACAAGAUCUCGAGAACUGUCCACUUUCAUGUGUUCCAGGAUAUUCAGAAAUUAGGGAAAUUCUCUCCAAGGAAAAAUCACAUUUUGCUUCAUUCCCAUUUGGGCUCUCAUUACCCUUCAUGUGAGGUGAUCUGGUUUGGAGCCCACAACCCGUACGAGGAGACGAGCGUCUACGGGAAUGCAAGCUUUGUAGUUGACAUGAGGGAGUUUAUGCAUGAAUAUGUGAGGAAGCGUAAUAUUUAUUUUGUGGAGGUGUUAGACUUUAAGAGUGGUAACACAUCCCGAAUUCUGAUAACACACAAAGAUUAUAACCUUCCUUGCUAUGACCCUCUGCAAUAUGGUGGUCCUUGGUACAUUGAUCCUAGUGGUAAACACUAUUAUCUACAGAAUGCACGGAGAUACAAUGGUUUAAGUAACAAAAGUGGACACAAGUUGGAGUUCAUGCUGGAGUUGACUGAAGAAGAGGGUGAGCACUUGUUUCACAAAGCCGUGCCCCAGCCAGUUGGUCAUCAGGAGGCAAACUCAGGCAAACCAUACUGUUGUAAAGAUCAUGGGUCAACCAAGUCAUGUCCAUCACCUUGGAGUAAGAGAGAAGCUCAAGAAAGAAUUGACAAAGAACUUGAGACUCGUACAGGAAAAGCAAAUAGAAGCCUGGAAUUUUAGACAAGAGAAAUGUUAUUAAUUUCGAAGAAGUACAGGCUCUGUACACAUGGGAAACAAUAACUGCACUCUGAAAGAGCAGCAGUAGCAUGGUGGACACACAAAUACAAAAAAAAGAAAAAAAAAAAAAAAAAAAAAAAAAAAGCAUCUAAAUUUUUCUUUUUCUUUCUUUUUAAUGUUAUAUGACAGUUAAAGAAUUACAAUAUCUUUAUUGUGGCUAAAGUUAUUAAUUUGCUUUUAGCUUGAAUUAAUAUAAUUUUUAAGACUGCUUUUUCAUUGGUGUACUUUUUAAUGCUGAGAGACAAUUCUCUUUUAUCUCACAGUAGGAGUAAUUGAAAAUAACUUUUACAAUAAUUGACUGCAUAUAUUUUUAUCUUUAAUAAUAACUGAUUACAAUUAUCUAGAUCUUUAAUUAGGCUAUGUAAAUUAUUUAGUGUUGUAAAUUCAACUGAACUAGUUGAAUCAUGUGAUAUAUAAACAGUGAUGAAUAUGACCAAAUAAGUAAAGUUCAGAGCUAUAUGUACACAAAGGAUUAGAACCAGGAUUUUUUAUCUCAUUAUAUUUUCUCUACUAAAAUAAACUAUUGUUUCUUUUUUUUUUUCUUUUCUUUCAGUGUAUAUAUACUUGAGAACUAUUACUCUUUCAUCAUUUAAGGAAUAGUAUUAAAAGAAAAUUCUAUCUGUGAUGAGCCGCAAUACUGCCAGAGCAGGUAUGCCUUUAUUAUUAAUAUCUCUCACUGUGAUCUCUAAUGUCAUAAAGUGCAGAAAAAUAAGUGCCAACGCAAUUUAAUCUUAUGUAAGAAUUGUAUAGCAUGUAACAGGUGCAUAAUAUAUUUCAAACACUGAUAUAAGCAUUAAUUAAGUAUUGGUGACAAUAGAAAUAUACAUAGCAUAUGAAAUUAUGAUCUAAAUAUAUAUUUUGUAAAUUUAUAAUUGCCUAUGGAAUAAAAACUAAGUGAACA